GCUUGUCUGUUUAAAACAUCUAUCUGUUCAGCAGCCGAGCAGUCGCACACUGUCUUACAGCUGCUGGCACUGUCCAGAGAGCUUAGGAAAGAGUGGAAAAUAUUUGGCCUUGCAAAUCGCCUGCAAACCACUGGUAGGCUAACAUCCAGUUAUGCGGCAGCUGUGUGUUAUCGUCAGCCUGUGGUUGCUCGUGUUGCUGAGCCUAGCCCAGAGCCAAGACCAGGACCGGCUGGCGGGGGUUACCCGGGGGAGGAGGCAGCGGACAGGGCACGGGAGACCCAGGGAAGGGCACCACUCUCAAGCCCUGACCCGCACGGGCAGCCUCCCUCUCAACCACGGAGAAGAGGGUGGUGCGUCUAUCUUCAUAGAGUCUUACAGAAGUGUUAGGGACCCACAGACCAACUACAAUGUCAUUCCAGGAAAGCAGGGUCAGUGUGUGUACCAGGGCAUCACCAUGUUCAACAAGGCUGUGUGGUCCCCCAAGCCCUGUGUCACCUGUCUGUGCACCGGUGGGGAGGUGGUCUGCGAUGAGGUCUCCUGUCCCACAAUGCACUGCCACUUCCCUUUCAUCCCCACUGGAGAGUGUUGCCCUGUCUGUAUGGACGCAGCCCCUGAUCUGCCUGACUUCUCUGGCGAUUCCCCAGUGCCAAACGACCCCAGCGACCCCAACCCAGAUCCCGUGGGGCCACACACCCAGGCCGAGAUUGACGUCAUCCUCAAGAGAGAGCAGGAGGAACACCGGGCGGAAGAGGAGCGCCUGCUGAAGAAGGACGCCGAGCGCAAGAGGCGGAGGAAGAAGCUCAAGAAGGAAGAGGCGGAGAAACAGAGGCGGCUUGAAGAGGAGAGGAGAAAGGAGGAGGAUGAACUGCGGGCGACGCUGGCGAAAGAGGAAGAGAGGAGGCAGGCGGAGGAGGAGAGGAGACUGGAGGAGGAGGACCGGAGGCUGAGGGAGGAGGCAGAGGCCGCUGCGAAGGAGAAGGAGAGGCAGGUGGAAGAGGAGAGGAUAAGGCAUAAACUGAACCUGAUGGAGAAGUUGAGAGCCCUUGAGGAGGAAGAGGAAGAGGAGGAGGUGUGGCUGAGAGGAGAUGUCUUCCAAAUGCCUCCAAAGGUGGCAGAGGAGAGCAUCCAACCAAUCCCUGCUCCCCCUGAGGAACAUCACGGGGAUGUUGAAGAGGAGGAGGAGGGCCAAGAAGAAGAGAUAGAGAUGAUUUCACCAAGAGCCGGCCUUCCGCCCGGCUGUGACAUUUCUGAUGUCAUCGUGACUUGUGAGAAUGCAAAGCUGACCAGUUUCCCUCCUUUGUCCAUCCCCGAGCUCAAAUCACUCAGUCUGGAGGGUAACACCAUCACAUCUAUCCCUGUGGGGGCCUUUAAUGGGAUUCCUAACCUGGAGUGGAUCAACCUUGGCAAGAAUAAGCUGACAUCUGCCGGCAUUGCCCCAAAAGUAUUUCAAAGCCUUAAACACUUGAGCCGCUUGUACCUGGAUGGAAACCUCCUGCAGCAGGUCCCAUCAGAUCUGCCCUCCACACUACAGGAGCUGAAGAUCAACGAAAACAAGUUAAGAGAGAUCGAACAAAAUAGCUUUCAAGAUCUGAGCCACCUUUUAACACUGGAGAUGGAGGACAAUGUUCUCAGUGAGGGGAACGUGAGCCCCUUAGCCUUCGCCCCUCUUACACAGCUGUCCUACCUGCGGAUGGGAAGAAACCACUUCCGCACCAUCCCACAAGGCCUACCCCCCUCUCUGCUGGAACUUUAUCUUGAAAACAACCUAAUUGAAGAAAUAUCAGACUCUGUUUUCAACCAAACAACCAACCUCAAUUUGAUUUCCCUCGGACACAACAGACUUGAUGAGUCUAGGAUUGCACCAUUGGCUUGGAUCAACCACAAGAACCUGGAAUCGAUUGACCUCUCCCAUAACCGGAUGUACCUGGUGCCUUCCUACCUGCCCAGAUCCCUGGUCCACCUGGUGCUGGUGGGCAACCAGAUUGAAAGGAUCCCUGGCUACGUGUUUGCCCACAUGGAACCUGGUAUUGAGUACCUGUACUUAUCGUACAACAAGCUGGACGGGGAGGGGGUUGAACCUGAGUCGUUCUUUGGUGCCUUUGGCUCCAUGAUAGAACUGUGUCUGGACCACAACCAGCUGACCACCGUUCCCAUAGGGAUCAAUGAGAUGAAGUCCCUCCACUUCCUCAGACUCAAUAGCAACAACAUCAGGAAUUUUGCAGAGGAUGCCAUCUGUGAUCCUCUUAAUGAGGAUGACUCACACAUUGUGGCAUUGCGCUUGGAGAACAACUACAUUGAUCCCCGGAAAGUCUCACCGACUGCGUUCUCCUGUGUGCGUUCGUACUCCAGUGUGGUGUUGAAACCUCAGAAAACUAAGUGACAGGGCUGUUUAUUUGUACUCUACAAAAGAUCAACCGCAACUAAAACACCAGUCUCUCGCGGACCCCUGUCUGCAUUUCACCGGUAUUGUAACGUGUUAAUUUUGACAAGAAAUAGGAUUUCCUCUGAAAAUGUCACAUUUAUGCUGCAACUACUUUUAAAUUUUUGUCUUCAAUAUAGCCAUAGAUGGAUGUUGUUUGGAAAAGAAGCAGUAUCUUCUUUCUGUAUACCUUCAUAUAGAGCUAAGGAAAUAAGUAUUUCUAGCAGCGAAGUAGGAGCUGUCGGUGGUGGAUACAAGUUCAUGGAUGCCUUUCUACUGUUAUUGCUGCCUAAGAUUUGGAUGCUUCCGAUUUUUGUUUGAUGGAUCAACACAGGACUCACUAAAGGGAGAUUUCAAUGAUGCACUGAAAUGCAGAUUAAAUCCACUGAGAUAUAUAUAUAUAUAUAUACGUAGCUAGCUUGCCCACAUCAGUAUUUGGCAACUAGUUUGAUAGAUUGCUCUCUUCAAAAAUACCAAUAAUGUUUGUAAAGAUGGAAAAUUAUUAGUGGUUAUGUCGAUACUUCUACCUACCACUUGGUAUUUUGCUGGCUGAGUUUAGAUGGACAUUUACAUUUGUGCUAUUCACAUCAGGUGCUUGUUUCAAAUAAAUUACACACAUUGUUAAUAAAUAAACACAAAUAUUGUAUGUUA